CAUAGCUAGAAUAUCAACGAUGCUUGAGCUUUUUCCAAAAUUAUCUUCACAAGCCUUGCGGUUAAGAGAGUGGUGCAUUCCUAAGAAUGGUUUAUGGAAAAGAGCUUUAUUGUAAAUUUGUAAGUGUACCCCACUUUUACGACAAGUUAAUUGCUUGAUAUUAAUUAAGGUCCGUAAAUGUAGUAGACUACAUAAUGUUUAUACAAAAUAAACGAAAUAAUCAUUUAAAUAUUAUCUUCCACCGUCUGAUGAUAAACACUAUGGGAUAUAUAUAUCUCUCUACGACUCUACGUAUUCGACAAGAACGACCACUAACUAAACAAGGUGACACUUCGUAGUCGAUGUGACGAAAGGCAUGACGACGGUCUUAUAUAACUAUGCUCGGACAAAGCCUGCUGGUACAUAUUUUGUAUCCAUGCAUUGAUGCAUAUACAUACGACAGUCUAGAAAACAACUUUAUCAACAAAAACAAUCUAGGAAACGAAUUGCAUUGCAUGAGCUUUCCAAAAUUCGUGGAAGUUUUUUUUUUUUGUAUAUAUCUUUUUUUUUCUACUUCACACACGUUCGUUUAUCUUGUGGAUUUUUCAGCUAUUUUAUGAAAUACAUUAAAGUAGUAAUCAUCUACAGCAAGAGAGAGUGACAUAUAUAUGUAAUAAGAAUCUAUUUUAGCAAAUAUAAAUAGAUAAGUUCUUCUGAUUUAGAACACUUUGUUGGGUUCUAGUUAUAGUAAUAGUUCAGUAACUGAUCAAGAGUUAUCUAUCAAUCUUAUCACACGUUGGAAUUCAAACAAAUAGCUACAGCAUACAGAGCUGCGUAUCCAUGAUAUAUACAACUUUAAAUGUUUCAUACGGAACAAAACAAUUAAAAAAGAUGAUGUAAAAGUCUGACCCGACUCAUGUGGAUAGCAAGUUGUACAAUAUCUAUAAUGUUCUACAGAAUAAAAAUAUGAAAUUAUCAUCCCAAAGGCAUGGAAUAAUAACAUUCCUCUACUUUAAAAGAGAACAAUUACCUUUUUAGUCAUUUAAGAAAACAAUUUUUUUUAUGUUUUUUUUCUUAUAGAUAAUGAAUAUAAAUAGAGCAGAGAGGCGACAAUGCAAGUGUAAGAGCAGCAUCUCCUGAUAACAACCGUUGGAGAAAUAAAAGUUGGAAGCAGAGAUGAUGAAGCUUUUGAAUUUGUUCAUAACUUCAUCAAAACCAGUAGUGGAGAUUCUCCUGAUAACAAUAGUUGGAUUCUAUUUGGCUCUUGAUGGAGUCAAUCUUCUUGGUCAAGAUGCUCGCAAAUAUUUGAACAAUAUUGUCUUCUAUGUGUUUAGUCCUUCACUUAUUGGAAGCCGUUUAGCUGAUAGUGUUACAUAUGAAAGCUUGGUGAAAAUGUGGUUCAUGCCAGUUAAUGUUCUGCUAACAUUCAUCAUUGGUUCGUUAUUAGGCUGGAUUGUUAUUGUCAUCACUAAGCCUCCUUCCCAUCUUCGUGGACUCAUUGUUGGUUGUUGUGCUGCUGGGAACUUGGGAAACAUGCCACUAAUCAUAGUCCCAGCUAUUUGUAAAGAAAGAGGAGGUCCUUUUGGAGAUCCUGAGAAUUGCCAGAAGUAUGGAAUGGGUUAUGUUGCACUCUCCAUGGCUAUGGGAUCAGUUUAUAUAUGGACUUACGUCUACAAUCUUAUGCGGGUACUAAACUCUCCCAUUGAAACACAACCUUCUAUUGAAUCCAACUAUGAUACCUGCAAAGUCCCACUGAUUCCCUCUAAAGAAGAAGAAGAUAACCAAAAGGCUGGGAGGUGGGACAGAAUCAAGAGAAGAAUAGUUUCACUGUCGGAGAAAGUCAACUUAAGGACGAUAUUUGCUCCAUCAACUAUUGCUGCGAUGAUCGCGCUUGUGAUCGGUCUCAUUACUCCAUUAAGGAAGCUAAUAAUCGGCAACGGAGCUCCUCUUGGAGUGCUUCAAGACUCAGUAACUCUAGUGGGAGAUGGAGCCAUUCCUGCUAUGACCUUGAUCAUUGGAGGAAACCUACUCAAAGGUAUGAGGAGCUCAGGAAUGAAAAAAUCCUCCAUCAUCGGCGUUUUGGUUGCACGUUACAUUCUCCUACCUAUAAGUGGUGUGUUAAUCGUAAGAGGAGCAUACAAGUUGGACUUGAUUACCUCAGAACCCUUGUACCAGUUCGUUCUGCUUAUUCAGUAUGCUGUCCCACCAGCAAUGAAUCUAGGUACAAUUACUCAAUUAUUCGGAGCUGGGGAAAGUGAAUGCUCAGUGAUUAUGUUAUGGACUUAUGCUUUGGCUUCUGUUUCACUCACUGCUUGGCCUACGUUCUUCAUGUGGCUUGUGGCUUAAAACCACCACACUAGAUCAUGUUAUAUAUUGUAUACUGUUUUGAACAUCUUAGAUCAUUGGAUCAUUUAUCAUUAUAGAAUAGAUAAGUUUUCUUAAAAA